AAUUCUCUAAUCAAAAUGUCUUAUUCUGGCAGAAAUAAUACUCAGACAUUCCGUGUGAAUGUGCGUCUGCAUAGAUUCGGAGCUAAAUUCCCAGGCCCCUUUCCAGACAUAAGUCGUCCUGAGCCAAUUGGAUUCUAUAGCGUUAACGAAUCACGAGAAUUCGAGGACAAUGCCAAGAAUUUAAGAUUCCUUUGGCUGCCAUCUCCUAGCGAAAUGCCACUGGAUCUCAAUGCAGGCAUUGAAAAUGUGCAGCGCAAAAGCAUUGACCCUGACUACCUCGAUAUAUAUCACAUCUGUCAGUUCAUCUAUAAUCAUCAAGAGCAUCUGCGCACCUCGUCCACAGGGCAAAUGGAACUACUCGCUGAUUUUGUCACUUUUCGUGGUGUUCUUCGCCAAAUUAUGUGCACACCAUACCAAAGGAAUCGUGACUAUCGUCUUAUGGCAACAUGCCUAAACGGCACCACCUACAUAUCCAAAGUAGAAACUAGUGACCAGCGAAACCAAGCAGAGCAGAUGACACGCCGUGAAAUGGACAUGUGCUCAUGGGGCUUUAAAUUCGAGCAGUAUUGCACAACGCCCCAUCCAGACAAACAACCUGUUACAAAUGCACCUGUUAAUGAAUCCCAAGAGUUUGCAUGUGUCUAUCGUAGCAAAUUAAAUGGCCUGCGUCUAAUCUACGGCGCGGAGAUGGACUGCAUUAAAAGUGACGUCUAUGUCGACCUGAAAGAUCCGGAACAGCUACGCUUGGCAGAGUUCGUAGAGCUUAAAACAGCUGCAUACAAAAUGACCCAGAGGCAACAGCAGACCUUUGCUAAUUACAAGAGUCUCAACUGGUGGAGCCAAUCGUUUUUGGUUGGUAUCGACACUAUUAUAACUGGAUUGCGGGAUGACAAUGGACUGGUUCACGAUAUUAAAGAGUACAGCGUACGCGAACUACACCGCCACAAGCCUUGGAGCUCGGCAGCCACGGGCACAUUCCUCUCAAACUUUCUGCACGAACUCAAGGCAAUAAUGCAUCGUAUUAACGACUCUAACGCUGUAGUUAUGAUCGACUACAAACCGGCUCUGAAUAAGAUUCAAUACUCUGUGCUACGCGGUCCAGAUGUGAAGCCCAUACUGCCUGAAUGGUAUCGCCAAAUGAUGCAAGUAUUGAAUCUCACAGGAAUAUUCUUACAGAGUAAUCUCAUUAAAAACAUACAAAUAACCAUCAUGUAUCCAUAUAGUUCUGGAAUGCCAUAUUCAUCGCAUCCAUCCACUAGUGAGCAACCUAAGGUGCCGUUUGGAGUUGGUUGGGUCCCUGCACCAGUGCAGCAGAUCGUUCCACAUUGCACGCCAUACCCACUGCCAGCCACACAAUCCAAUCAGCAGCAACAAGAACAACAGUUCCGACAAAAUCGAAAUAUCCAACAUGCCGGCGGCGUUACUAGCUGCCCGUAUCCACCCACAUCAGCACCAUACCCUGAUAGCACACAAUAUCCGAUCAAUCAUGCACAGAGUAUGCCGAUCAAUCAGCAUAGCCAAAGCCAAUUCAAUCAGCAUCCAAAUGCAACCUAUUCAGCUGGAUACACGCCAGCCAUGACGUCAGCAUAUGGAUAUGAUUCUUCUAAUUAUCAUGCCCAGCAGCAGGGUCGUGGCAACGUACAGAGUUUUGGGCAUGAUCAAGUGCAGCCACGGGGGCAUGGGCAUGAGCAUGGGCAUGGGUAUGGGUAUGGGUAUAGUCAUGAGCACGUGCAGCAGUCACUCAAUCCACGCCUUACGGCUAACAAAGAGGGAACUCCCACUUUGUUGCCGGCUCAAGCCUUUGAUCCCGUCAAGGAUGCGCACGAUUUGCGCAAAGCGAUGAAAGGCUUUGGCACAGAUGAGGAUAAGCUCAUCGAGAUAAUUUGUCGUCGCAACAACGAACAGCGCCAGGAGAUCCAGCGCCAAUACAAAACUCACUUCGGCAAGGAUCUAAUUGAAGACAUCAAAGGGGAGACGAGUGGUAAUUUCCAAAAACUACUAGUUGGCCUCUUACGCCCAAUCGUCGACUACUAUUGUGCCGAGUUGAACGAUGCCAUGGCCGGUCUUGGCACCGAUGAGGAAGUUCUAAUUGAAAUUCUGUGCACCUUAUCCAAUGUUGAAAUUCAUACCAUCAAAAAUCAAUAUUUGCGUUUGUUUGGUGCACACUUGGAAUCGGAGCUGAAAUCGGAGACCUCCGGUAACUUCAAGCGCUUGCUCAUUUCGCUUUGCGCUGCGGCGCGAGACGAGAGUGGUCGUGUGGACCCCAACAAGGCCAAAGAGGAUGCUCGAGAGCUGCUCAAGGCUGGUGAACUACGUGUGGGCACCGAUGAGAGCAUGUUCAACAUGAUACUUUGCCAAAGGAACUAUCAGCAACUGAAACUUAUAUUCCAGGAGUACGAGAGUAUAACUGGACACUCGCUGGAGAAGGCGAUCAAAAAAGAAUUCUCUGGCGAUAUUAUGGAGGGCCUUAUCGCCAUCUACAAGUGUGUGACAAACAAGGCAGAGUAUUUCGCCUCGCGCUUACACAAGUCCAUGGCUGGCAUUGGCACCAAUGACAAACAGUUGAUACGAGUUAUCAUAACACGCUGCGAGAUUGACUUGGCUGACAUUAAAGUGGCUUUCGAGCGUUUGUAUGGCAAAUCGUUAAAGAGCUGGAUAAAGGGUGACACUUCUGGACAUUACAAGCACGCUCUUUAUGCAUUGGUGGGAGAGCAGCGCUCAUCUUAAAUUUAUGAAUAAUUCUAUAUUUCUACUAUAUUACAUAUUAUUGAUUACGAAGUAACUACUUUAUUUUAAUAAGACAAUGGAAUUACCAUUCAAGACAUCCCAGUGCAAAAUAGUAUCUAAAUUGUUCAAAGUGUGCCUCGAAAAACAAUAACCCUUAAGCAUACGCAUUUACAUUUAGAAGCAAAGAAUUAUCUUUAGACAUUGUAAUGAAACGCUUUUCUUAUCUAAUGUCAAUUUCUUGAAUUGGAA